AUGGGAGGCCACGGUGCUGCCGGCGAGCAGGUCCAGCCUAUGAGGGACGACCACAAGACCGACGGCCUCCUGCGCCGCUCUGGCAGCUCCUCCAGCUCAAGCUCGUCUGAGGAUGACGGCAUGGCCGGGAGGAGGAAGAAAGGAAUCAAGGAGAAGAUCAGGGAGAAGCUCCCCGGAGGCCACAAGGACAACAACCGGGAGGACACGGCCUCUGGGAAGCAGGGACACGUCGGGAUGAUAGCCACUGGUGGGCACGUAUCGAGGGAACCGGAGAAAAGAAGGGCCUCAUGGACAAGAUCAAGGACAGACUUCCGGGGCAGGACUGAGCUAUCUUGUUCAUGUUCAACGGUAAGCCAGGGCAGAGGGCAGAUCCAGCAGGUCCCUGGUCUGGUUGGAGCAUUGAAAGCGUGGCUGCACGGACUUCCUCUCCGAUCUUCCUUGGUUUGA